GUCUGCUCUGGUGCUAUGAUGCUUAUCACUGGGUACAACACAUUAGAUCUCUGCUGAGGAUGAAGUUUUUCCUGAAGUAAAAUUCCUUUUUCACUCCUCCUUCCACCUCCCCCAUGUAUUUCCAAACCUAUCAGUUUUCAUCUAGUCUUUUUGAAUGACUCACUAAAGAUACUUUUCUCAACGUAUCUACACUCUUGAAACCCAAGUUAUAAAAAUACCAGGGAACCGUAGGUCUGGCAGAGCUUCAUGUUAAUCGGAGGUGUUUCACCAUCUCUAAAAAGCAGAUUUAUAUUGACUUGGAAGGCUAAAUGCAAGUAUAGGGGAAACAAAAGCAAAUUGCAAUGGGAAGAGUGGUAUAUUAAGACCCAAAUCCUGUUUCAGAUAAAUGUUUUUCGCUGCCCAGCCAACUGUUUUAUCUGCAGUCUCCUGUGGACAGAUCGAUCAGGACAGCUGUCCUUAGGAGUUUCACCAAACUCCACCAAACAGCAUUUGCAUCUCAUCCUGGCCUGAGAAGAUGUAUUACCGACACAGCUGUGAGGAAUCCCUUUUCCUCUGUUCAGAGAGAGUUUGGUUUCAUCUUAAUCCCUUUCUCUCUCUCACCCACCCACCCCACCCAAUCUAAAUCUGUUCCUCAGUGAAGCUGCUUUUUGCACUGUGAGUGAUCUCUGCUGAAAUGAAGAUUUCAGGUGCUGAGAAGAUGGCCUCUCCAGGUGCCCCAGGGACCCGCAUGACAUCCACAGUCAGCAUCAACAUUUCUACGCCCUCCUUCUACAACCCACAGAAGAAAUUUGCACCCGUGGUUGCCCCUAAACCCAAGGUGAACCCCUUCAAGUCUGGAGGAGCAUCAGAGUCGUCGCUGCCACCGCCUCCUGGACCUGGUGCCCAGCGUGCUCAGAUAGGGAAGGUGGGGGAGGUUCCAUCAGCAUCUAUGUCCCUGCUGGCAGAAGACUUGCCACUACCACCUCCUCCUCCACCUGGAGAGGAGACAAGUUUCUCCUCAAACUGUGCGUUUCCACCACCCCCACCACCCUUUGAAGAACCUUUUCCACCAGCCCCAGAAGAAGCUUUUCCUUCUCCUCCUUCUCCUCCUCCUCCUCCUCCACCAAUGUUUGAUGAAGGACCUGUAAGCAUGGUACCUGCCCCACAGGUACGUGGCAAGAUGAGCAGCAUUGAUCUUGAGAUUGACUCACUGUCUGUAAUGUUGGAUGACAUGGAGAAGAAUGACCCCUUCAAAUCCCGGAUAACUCCAGGAUCCACAGGUUCUCUGGAGAAACCAUUGGCCCCAAAAACCCAUGAGGAAAUGCCAUUUGCACCCAGAGAUACUCCUUAUUCCUUUCCUUCCAAGUUCACGCCAAAGCCAAGUGGAAGCUCAUCUUUCAAGCCCCCUGGAGUUGAUUUGAACCCCACUCCAACCCCAUGGGCAGCCCCACAGCAACGCAAGGAACCCCAAGCACCAGUCCCUCCACCCCCCUCUCUCCCUCCUGCUCAGCCUACCCCUAAAUUCACCCCACCUUCUGUUGCUGGCUCUCCUAUGUCUGUGUCCAAAUCAGAUGCCAGUGUUCCCAUGGCUCCCUCAAACUCUACAAGAUAUCCUACCUCCCUUCAGACUCAGUUCACAGCCCCUUCACCUUCAGGUCCCUCCUCUCGACCACAGCCUCCCAAUUUCACCUAUGCCCAGCAGAGGGAAAGACCCCAAGUGCAGGUGAAGCCACGUCCAACAGAACAACCUGCUGCUGCAAAGGACAUGCAUAGACCCACAGGUUCUACUGCGGAUCCACCUAGAGGGAAUUCCUGUCUGACCAUGAAGGAGGUAGAAGAGCUAGAGAAGUUGACUCAGAAACUAAUGAAGGAUAUGGAGCAUCCGCCCCCCUCAGAGGCUGCUACUUCUGAGCUCUGCGGCUUCUGCCGGAAGCCCCUAUCACGAACUCAGCCAGCUGUAAGGGCCCUGGACAGCCUCUUCCAUGUGGAAUGCUUCACCUGCUUCAAAUGUGAGAAGCAACUGCAGGGGCAGCAGUUCUACAAUGUGGAUGAGAAGCCCUUCUGUGAGGACUGCUAUGCUGGGACCUUGGAAAAGUGCAGUGUCUGCAAACAGACCAUCACAGAUCGGAUGCUGAAGGCCACUGGUAACUCAUAUCAUCCCCAGUGCUUCACCUGCGUGAUGUGCCAUACCCCUCUUGAGGGGACCUCUUUCAUUGUGGACCAGUCCAACCAGCCUCACUGUGUGGAUGACUACCAUAGGAAGUAUGCUCCGCGCUGCUCAGUCUGUAGUGAGCCUAUCAUGCCAGAGCCUGGGAAGGAUGAGACAGUGCGUGUGGUGGCACUGGAGAAGAAUUUUCACAUGAAAUGUUACAAGUGUGAGGACUGUGGGAAGCCUUUGUCCAUUGAAGCAGAUGAGAAUGGGUGCUUUCCGCUGGAUGGGCAUGUGCUGUGUAUCAAGUGUCACACCGUUCGUGCAAAAAUGGCACGCUGAGGAGCUUGGAGUGGGCAUAUCCUUGAGACCCCCCUGCACUCAUUACUCUUCCCCUCCCUGCCAUUGUCCUACCCUUCUGCCUGACAAGGCAGAUUGCUACCAAUGGAGACUAUGCCAGCACAGUUCUUUACUCAUGUAGGAUUCACCGCUCCUAGACUUCACUCUGCACACCCACCAAGAAAGGACCACUUCUGUUACUGUUUCCUGGCCCCAGUAUAUUCCAGGCUGGAGUCUAUGAUCAAGAUGAGUGCACAGUCGCUGUUCCCUCAAGAUUCUGGAGGAGAAAGACCAGACCUCCACCACCGCCUGGUGGAAGUAGCAAGAACAACCUGGUGGCAGGUGCUGGGAAGGGCUGAGCAUUCUGCAGUUCCAUGGAGCCAAGAAUAAUGAUGGGAGUUUAGAAGGUGGAAGUCUACAUCUCAGCACCACUUCUGUCUUCAAUUUUUUUUUCUGUCUUGUGGCACAUUAUUGUCAGGAUGUCUUCCCCUGCUCCCUCCCUGACUCCUAGGUUAGAGUGUGGAGGCAGAACAUUAAGGAUCUGUUACUGUUGCUGGAAAAAGCUAACCUGCUAUAGCUUUCCUGUUUUUAAUGGAUUUUACUGAUUAACUGUCUUGUUGCCUUUUUGUUUUCCUUAGCCAGAUUAAACUGGCAAUAUUUGAAUUACUACUCUGUUCCUGAGUUUGGAAACAUUUUUUUUGUUGUUUUUAAAAAAUCCUUUUCCCUUCCCAAAAUGAAUCAUUUCCCAGUGUGGUUUCUGGACAGCCAGGCUGGGCACCAGAGUAGCAAAGCAGUCCAAAGAAUGCAUGUUUACAAGUAAAGACUGUCAUAUGGAUGGGCAGCACACGGAGAGGAGAUGUCUCUGUGCAUGGAUGAGGAUUCAGCAGACUGAGGAACGUUUCCCCAUUCCAGUAGGGAUCCUGUCACUGCUGUCAGUGAAAGCUGCGGUGUAAUUGCAAUGUACUGUCUGGCUCUAAGUGUUACUGCACCGAGCCCCAUUUCUAGACUAGAAACUCUCAAACUGAACAAACCUUUUGAAUAACAACACUGUCCAACCACUGUUUGCAUUCAAUAAAAUGUGUGGUUUUUUCCAUUAA